GAGCGGCGUCUCUCUCUUCGGCAAACAGAAGUGCCGGGACACCGAACCACUCGUAUGGUCAGAGCGCGACGACCAAUGCCAGAGGUUAUAGUGUCCAUCACGUUAUAAUCAGCCUGCAAACUGAUAAUAAACCGAUCGCAGACGGUCUAUAAACUAGUCCCUCCCUACCCUCCACUUCCGGCAGCGCCGAUGGAUAAAUCUCGCAGAAAGGUGGGAAAAAUGGUACAGCAAUUGUAGGCUAUUCGUGUCGAGCUCGCUCCUGUAUAGAUCGCUGCUGCUGUGUGAGUGUGCUGUAACGUGCGUGUGCGUGUGCGUGUCGCUGUGCUUGUGCGCGCCUCGACCGAAAGGAGCCGCAGGUGAAGUCCUCGCGGAUGAGCUGCGUAAUCAGUAUCGCGUUGUGCGGUGACGAGCCAACGUCGUCUCGGUCGGCUUUACCCGCUGCAGUCAUGCUGCUGAUCCGCUGCUGCUGCUGCUGCCUCCUGCUCGUCUCGGCGAGUGCUGCCCUUGGAGAUGAGGACUUUCGGGAGGAUUCGGAGAACAACUUGAUUCCUGUUAUCGAAGAGCAGUACCUGACGCUGUUGCUGCUCAACUCCGACGAUAAAAAAGCGGCAACGAAGUCGUCAUCGUCCUUCUCGGCGGAAAACCCGCCGUUCAUACCGGUUUGCUGUCAGACCGGCUACUACUUCAAGCGCAACCUCUGCAUCAAAUCCGACAAUGCGAUGCUGGCGCCGGAAUUUCCGCAGAUCUACACCCCGGACCUGCAGCCUUCGAACAAGACUCCCGAUGACUUUCCCAAAGUCUACCAAUAUCUCUGCGAAACCGACAGUUUCGGCAUCUAUCCGGGCGUCGAUGACUUCUACUUGCUGGAAAACGGCACGAUUUUCACGGAGAAUCUCACCUCGCCGAAUCUCAUCACCCAGAUCGACUACUGCAUGACUGUGCACAUGGACGCGGAUAACAACAGCCUCACCGUCAUCGCCGUCUGUCUACCGCCCGAUUCUAGUAUACCGAUGCUCUACUCGAUCUUCAAUUUGAUGUCGGCUAUAUUUCUCUUGGGAACGUUCUUCAUUUACACUGUCAUAUCUGACCUAAAGAACAUCCACGGGAUCAUCGUCAGGGCUUACGUCUCGGUGCUCACCGUCGCUUACUUUGCACUGGCUGUCGUGCAGCUCGGGGAUCAGUAUGUUCUCGAACGGUUACCGAUCUGUCAGGCUUUAGAGCUCGGGAGUCAGUGGUUGCGCGAUAAGAGAGACGAAGGAAGGAAAGCCUGGCAGAUACGGAAAGGAGGAAGCUGCGCUAUCAGCGGUCCCCGCGCCGCCAAGUUAGUCGCAACCAUGCCGUCAAUAAGUGCCCUCGGACUGCUGGUCUUGCUGUUUCUUAGCCUCACGAGCUACCCGCUUUACCUUUCCUUUCCGUCCACCGCUACCGAUCAGCCCUGCCACGAUCUGCUGUCCAUCAGUCUGGAGAACGCGACCGAAGUGUUCGCCAACGGCUCUGUGUUGUUCGACGGGUUGACCUUCCCGAAGCCGACCCAGUACCGAGACGAGAAGGGUCGGCUCCGUGGCUGUCCUUGUCUAGUGAAGAAGUGCAUCAGGUUUUGCUGUCAACCCGGAGAAAUCCACGACAAGCUGCACAAGGAUCGCCCGGUACUAUGUCACAAGCCCAGUACCAACGAGACCGACGAGAAUUUCGAUCUACCACCUUUACCGGAUGGUGUGCUGGAUGCUUCGGUCGGCGGCUACGAGGACUUUUACACGAUACACAGGCAGGGUUGCGUCGUGCCCAAACAAGCCACCAUCUACCUGUCCGGUAAGAUGGUGAUGAAAUCGGACUCGCCGAGCAUCACAGCUCACGGCCACUUCAAGCUGGAGCACACGAGGGACGCAGUGGUGAAAACUUACAUUCACGAGCCCGACAGUUACUGCGUGGCCUAUUCGAGAAAGCACAACGCUUCCAAGAUACGCUUGUGUAAUAGUCCAUCCGAAGCUAGAAAGGAGAAAAUGGAAAACGCUAUGCGCUGGUCGGAGACGGCGGGCAGUUGGCUCUCGGUGAUUUUUCUUAUCGCAACCUUCACGGUGUACUCGCUGUUUCCGGUGCUGAGGAAUCUGCCCGGGAAGACUCUUAUGGCCCAUGUGGCUUCCAUGGCGUUGGCUUAUAUUUUUCUACCCUUUAUCAAGCACGCUGAGAUUCAGAACAGUAUACUCGACAUCGACGGCUGCAAGACAAUGGCAUACAUCGUUCACUUUUCUUUUCUGGCCAGUUUCUUCUGGCUCAACGUUAUGUGCUUCGACAUUUGGUGGACCUUCGGCCUGCAAACGGCGAUGAUAAAAGUACCGCACCAUCAGUGUGGUUUUCGCUCACUCCACGGCAGCGUGAAGCAGCGCGAGCGCAAGAAAUUCAUCAUGUACUCCAUUUACGCCUGGGGCUGCGCCAGCACACUCACCACCGUCUGCAUGAUCAUGGACCUGGUGCCCGGUAUUCCAGCCCACAUCAUACGCCCGGAAUUCGGCAGAGGCAGCUGCUGGUUUAACUCUAACAAAGCGAGAGCCAUAUAUUUUUACGGCCCGAUGGGGGUGACGGUCAUCUGCAAUAUCUGCCUGUUCAUCCUGACUGCUCAUAAAAUUCUGAAGCACAAGAAAGACACGGCCCGCCAAUUGAAGGGCAGCGACAGCAAACGCCACGACGAUAACAAGCAAUGGUUCAACCUCUAUCUGAAACUCUUCAUCGUAAUGGGCAUAAACUGGUCAAUGGAGAUAAUCUCCUGGCUGCUGGAAGACAAGUUACCAAAAUCCGUGUGGUACAUAACCGACCUGACCAACACCCUGCAAGGUGUCAUAAUCUUCAUUAUCUUCGUAUGGAAGGACAAGAUCAGGCGACUCCUGGUGAAGCGAUUCGGCUGUAAGGGCAAUAACUUUCUUUCCCGAAACUCAACCUCCCGAAGCGGAUGUCCAACUAGUUCAACCUCGCGCACAACCUGUGUGACCGCAGCCCCGUUGCAGGAAAAGAUCAACCCCUACGCGGACUCUUACCGCGGCAAAGCGACCGUCACCGACGAGAGCGACUGUAUCUGAAUUAUUCAGAGCUCGGGGAUCAUCUUCGAUUUCUCUCGCGCCGAGACUUUUUCGAUGACGCAUAUUCGCCGUCGCUGAUGGAUGCGCUGCGAAGAUGGCUUGCGACGGUAUAUAUUAUAAAUAACUUGGGACGAGCUAAGAGUGAGCGUAAUUAGGAAAGUGUCGCAUCCCGUAUCCGAAGCGCAUCUGUCGCGCGUUAUUUAUAGUUGUGAUUUUCAAGGCUUGACCGCGACAACUACUACUUCAAAGCUCUGCUGGACCUAAUAUGUGUAACGAGACAAGUAAAGCUGUAAGUUUUAUUUAUUUUUUCUUUUCUUUUUCAAAGACGGAUGCGAAAGCUUUUCUCCUGAUAGCCAAAAGAUUAUAUAACGUAGAAUUCUUUCUGGUGCUUGUCCAAGCAGUUGUUAAAAUGUAAAUAUACUGUACGAACUACUAUCUGAAGAAUCAAAGAACAAUAUCAAUUGUUUAUUUUUAAUGUUAUUGUGAAUAAAAGCGAAGACGAUUUCAAAGCACAGCAUAAAAAAGAUAGAAUUUUUAGCUUUAGUUUUGUCAACUACUCACUGAUUAAAAUCUAAGUUUUUCGAGCUAGUUUUGGUUUAAUCGAGAAUGACGAUAAGGAUGCGUUGACUACUAAGAGUCAAAGACGAAAUAUUUUUAUAAGCUGCAUUGUAUCGCAAGCGACAGAUACUGCGCACGGUUGAUGAUGUGGUAACUGGAAUACCUCAGAAUACGAUAGUAUAUCUAAACUUACAAAGAUGAAAAGCUAUUUUAUCAUAUUUUCAUAUAUAUCUCCAAAAAUGUAUAAUAAAUAAGCGAUCCUGUUAUUUUCAAACAGGAUUAUUUUUAUAAUAAACUAAUGAUCGUGCAGAUCCCAAAUACUGAUACAUCUUCAACUGCUUUGGUCAACUGACGACUAGAGCCAUAAUGUUUAAGCGGCAGAGAAAAAAGGCCCUUCGAAAACUGCAUUGUUGCAGUAUACAGUCAACGUGGUGGAUAUUUUUCUCCGUAUAUGGAUAAAACAGUGAUUUGAUGCAAUUCCCCGGGUAUACAAUUAAAUUAUAUUAUUUUGUAACAGAAAAUUGACGAGAAAUCACGUGCAUUCUGGAUUGUCUUAAAAAUUUUCAUAGACAAAGUUUGAUUACAGGCUGAAAUUUUUACUGUGAUCGUUCCGGGAGAAACGAAUCAAUAAACUUACUCCAUAUUUAUUAUUGACGUUUUUUUACUUUUUUACGUAUUUCUUUGUCCUUUAAAAAUGCCGGUAAUACGAAAACAAAUAUAAAAUCGCAAAUAUAUGCGAAAUUUGAUCAAAAUUAGCACUAUGCGAAUAAUUAAGUUUAUACGAAUGAAAAUAUUUUAUAUUUUUAAUUGAUGGUUGUCACGAAAUAAGUUAGUAAAACUUAGAAUUUUCUAUUUAAAAUAAGUUGUGUAAGAAUAAAUACUUAUAAAAACAAGAGUAUUGUAAUUAUACUUUUAGAUAGUGCUGAGCAUUAUCAAAACUACCGAUAAAAGACCUUAGUAGGAUGAAAAUUCUCUUAAUCUCAAUACAAUCUAAUUCAUAAUUUUAAUGUUAAGCGUGAAAAGCCGUAAUAACAAUGCAUACGCUGAAUUGGCUAUCAGGGUGCUUUUAAGAAUAUAAUCAAUGAAUGCGAUAAUCCGCUAGCUCGAUGCACUAUGACUCGUCACUGCUAUUUUCUAGUCAAAUUAUAUCCUUGUGUACCAUAUACUUUACAAUCGUUUUAACGUUACCUUAUAUGUAUGUUUUAUAUAAAUAUAUGAGAUAAUAUUUGUAGAUGUAUAUCUGUCUCUUUAGUAGGUAAGUUACGUGUAGUUUAAUUAUAAGAGUGUGAGUCAGUUGCAUCGAGAGUUUAAGACGAGACACUUUGAAAAUGGCAGAUAAUUGCAAGAUUUUAAUGUCGCAUAAACAUUUUGACUUUUUUUAUUAGCUUAAUCUGCAUUUAUUUAUAGCAAAGUACAAUCUUAUCGUAACCUAUUUUCUCUUAUAAUCAUAAAAUUGUAAUUUUUAAUGUCUGUAUGUGAAAUAUAUAUUGAAACUGAUUUUGUAAA